UACAUUCUACAUCAUCCAGCAAACAUAAAGCAUCUACCAUGGGUUAUGACUCUAGGUUUGAUGGCCUUUUCAGAAUAUAAUUUUGCUGACUACGCCUGUUUAUUUUUAUUUUCUUCUUUUCUUCUUUUUUACCUCAUUUUUCCUAUAUUCUCUUUCCUUUUACUUUGUGUUUAUUUUUUUUUUGUUUCAUUUCAUUUAUAUGCUUCUUUCUUUCUUUUAUUCCCGCCCCCCUACCUUUAUUCUCUUAUUUUCUUUCUAUCUUUUUCUUUUUCUAUCCUCUCUAGCGUGAUACACUCUCUAAACAUACAUCCAAGGUAAAAAAAAAAUAUGUCCGCUGUAAUAAUCAUCCAGAUCCCCGAGUCCUGAAUAU